CAGCAAAAAAACACCCAUGGAUGGGUGGAUUUUUCCGCUCCACAAGUGGCGUGGUCGCAUCGCCAGCCUGUUGCUGCUCGGGCUUUUCCUGCACGGACCGGUGCCACUGGAAGGGAAAGCGACCGUCGAGCAGAUGCUGAAGUCGGGCGAAAUGAUCCGGUCCGUGUGCCUCGGCAAGGCCAAGGUGUCGGAAGACCUCGUGAACGGUUUGCGCGACUCCCAGUUCGUGGACGUUAAGGAGCUUAAGUGCUACGUGAACUGCGUCAUGGAGAUGAUGCAAACGAUGAAAAAGGGCAAACUGAACUACGAGGCGUCGAUGAAGCAGAUCGACACGAUCAUGCCGGACGAGCUGGCGGAACCGAUGCGGCGAGCACUCGACAUCUGCCGGAACGCGUCCGACGGCAUCAAGAACAACUGCGACUCGGCGUACGCGAUGCUGCAGUGCAUCUCGAAAAACAACCCCAAGUUCAUAUUUCCCUAGCGAUGCAAACACGGAGCGCUGCAAUGCAGCUAGGUAGAGGUGCUAGGUCCUGUACGC